AAGAACCGGAGCGCGAUGUGCUUGGUUCUAGAGCUGAACAUCGCGUUGCUGGCCACAGUCAAUGCUCCGGUGCUGUCGCUGUUGAUGGACGGCCUCGCGAGCACUGAAGCUCAGCGCUCGAAGUUCGGCCUCCACGGUUUUCUGUGCUGCGAGAGUCUGUGCCUUGGCUCCGUAGCUGAUCAGUCCCCCUCCUAGGAAGAACAGGUAUCCGGUGGUAGACCUGCCGUUGUCUGGGUUGGCUCCAAAUGACGAGUCAGUGAAGCACGAGAGUCUGAACUGCCCCUUCUUGUACACGAUCGGCAGGUCUGGCGUUCCGCGUAGGUACCGUAGUAGGUGCUUGGCCGCAGCCAUGUGGACCUGUGCUGGGUUUGCGCAUGCCCGUGUCAGUUGGUGCACUGCGUAUGACAGAUCGUAGCGGGUGCAUUGGGCAAGGUACAGGAGACUCCCGGUGAUGGCCUGGAAUCUCUGCUUGUCCUCGGGUCCGGGCAGUUGGUCUUGUGGCUGCUCGGUUGAUAGUUCUGCUCCAUACCCGGGGGUGCUGACCGGGUUUGCCUGUUCCAUUCCGUAUCGCUUGUCGUGUCCUGCGAUGUCCUGGAUGGUGUCGUAGUCCGCGGGUUGUUGUUGCUGUCAGCUCCCCCAGCAGCAAAGUAGUUGUCGGAAUCCAUGCCCGCGUUGUUUUGGCGAAGUUCUGCUCGG